AGUGUUGAUUUAUCGUUUGGUUGUUUGAAAUUGAAUGAUAGCUUAAUAGGUGUUUGAUGUUUUACUUCUGAGAAAGUGUGAUGAUGGCAUUCAACUUGGGUUCGCUGUCACCGGCAACUUUAAUGGCAGUAACGAAGAAGGGAGGGGAAUCAAAGGGUGUCCUUAAGGUGGUCGGUGGGGCUAGGUGUGAUGGUGGUGGCGAGUUUCCCUCGUUUCUUCCAAAAGAGGUUGAAAAGAUUAGAGAUCCAUUUGCCAGAAGUUUGGCUCAGAGGAUCCAGAGGCUGCCAGUCAAGCAGGCUGGGUUUCCUGGACAUUUUAUAAUGAGUAGCUGCGUGCAACCUCUAAUGCAGAGUGAAGGAACCAAUCCAGUUGUUCUUCUUCAUUGCUUUGACAGUUCUUGUUUAGAAUGGUGCCGUGUAUACCCUUUGCUUGAGGAGGCCGGGUUGGAGGCUUGGGCUAUCGAUGUCCUAGGGUGGGGCUUCUCUGAUUUAGCAGAAAAGCUCCCACCAUGUAAUGCUGUAUCCAAGCGUUAUCACCUCUAUCAGCUUUGGAAGUCCCACAUCAAAAGGCCAAUGAUAUUAGUUGGACCAAGCCUUGGUUCUUCCGUAGCAAUUGAUUUUACAGCAAAUUAUCCAGAAGCUGUUGAGAAGUUGGUUUUGAUCAAUCCAAGUGUGUAUGAAGAAGGCACAGGAAACCUUGCAAAGUUACCAAAAGUAAUAGCCUAUGCCGCGGUUUCUUUGCUGAAAACCUUCCCCUUGCGCUUUUAUGCUAAUGUUUUAGCCUUCAAUAACAUUUCCUUAUCAAGGGGCUUAGAUUGGACUAAUGUUGGCCGCUUGCACUGCCACAUGCCUUGGUGGAAAGAUGCAACUGCAAAUUUUAUGGGUAGUGGGGGCUACAAUGUAAUUUCACAAAUAAAUCAGGUAAAGCGGAAAACACUAAUAAUCUGUGGCGAGGAUGAUAAGAUUGUCAGCAAGAAACUGACUUUGAGGUUGUACUGCGAGCUGCUGAAUGCGACCCUACGGGUAGUUCCUAAUUCUGGUCACCUUCCCCAUGUUGAGAAGCCUAAAUGUGUUGCCAAGUUGAUAGCAGAUUUUGCGCAAGGCCAUAUAAUUUGAGGGGAUCGUUAAGGUAAGUUUACCGAAGGUACACUGAUUCUUCUAGAAAGGUUCCCCAGGCUACUGAUAUUGUUUCUCUACUUGUCAGUAGCUUACAAAUGUGAUUUUUUAACUUUUGUUAUCCCAUUAUUGGAUACAUCUAGGGUAAUAUUAUCUCAAACUCAUAUGUAGAUACAGCGUUAGAUCAUGGGCAAAAUAUCUAUAUCUAGAAAACGAUUAUGGGGCAAUCUAUAGGUACAUCUCACUAUUUAUUAUAUUUAGGGCAAAAGAAAAAGAAAAAAAGAGAAAAUAUAUAUAAUAAAUCAAUUGGUUUCUU